CUCGCAACUUCUCUGUCCAUAUAGAGCUACAUUUAUAGCCUCCCCUAGCUACUUAUAAAUUUCCAUUUCUUGCACCAACCGGUUUUCAAUGAUAAUUGUGUGCCUGUUAUGCCUCAUUUUCGUCUAGGAAUCUGACCCGUGAAUAUUCGUGUGUUUUUUUGGAUUCUUAUCAGUCAAACCCAACUCAUUUUACUAUUUCAUAUUGAUCCCUUCAGUCAGUCAGCAUUAUAUAUAGCUAUCUUUCUAGUGUCAUUUCUUUUGUGCUCUCCUUAAUUUCCAAGGUUGUGUGGGUAGAAGAAAUCAAUCAAAAUUCUUACUCCAUUUAUUUGGUGCAUUAAUAAUGUAUGCACCUAAUCGUAUGGAAGUUGCCAAAGUGGCCAAUAGUGGUGAUGAAGAUGAUUUAGUAGUGGAAGAAGUGAAAAACAACUACGAAGAAGAUGAUGAUGAUCAAAAUGAAAACCCUUCUUCUCCACCUCCACAAUCACAACUCAAAGGGAAGAACCUUUCAUGGUACAAACUCAGGAGAUACGACUCUUUAGACAUCGAAUCUCGCAAGUUUGGUUCCACUCACCACUCUAAGAAUGGAGAACAGUGGUCUGUAAUACUACAUCUGGCGUUCCAGAGCAUCGGAGUGGUGUACGGAGACAUCGGAACUUCGCCGUUAUAUGUGUACGCCAGCACUUUCACCGGAGGAAUUAAGCACAACGAUGAUAUCCUUGGUGUUUUGUCCCUGAUUUUCUAUACCAUCACCUUGAUACCUCUACUUAAAUACGUCUUUAUUGUUCUUCGGGCCAACGACAAUGGCGAUGGUGGGACAUUUGCGAUGUACUCGUUGAUAUGUCGGUAUGCAAAAGUGGGCUUAACUCCAAGUGAAGAAGCAUCCGAUCAAGAUGUCUCCACAUUUCAGCUAGAAAUGCCUAAUCACAAGUUGCGAAUUGCCUCCAAACUCAAAUCCAAGCUGGAAAACAGCAGAUUUGCCAAGUUUUUCUUGCUUUUCGCCACCAUGCUUGGCACUUCCAUGGUUAUCGGUGACGGUGUUCUUACUCCUUGCAUUUCAGUUUUAUCAGCUGUAGGAGGGAUCAAAGAAGCCACCGACUCCAUGACAGAAGGUCGGAUUGUCAUGAUUUCGGUAGCCAUUUUGGUGCUCCUCUUCACUUUUCAAAGACUGGGAACCGACAAAGUGGGCUACACAUUUGCACCAAUAAUCUUGGUUUGGUUCGCCUUCAAUGCUGGAAUUGGUGUAUUCAAUUUCAUCAAGUAUGACCCAUCUGUUGUAAAAGCCAUAAAUCCAGCAUACAUUGUGGACUACUUUAAAAGGAACAAAAAGGAUGCCUGGAUUUCCCUUGGUGGAGUUGUACUUGCAAUUACAGGAACCGAAGCAUUGUUUGCAGACGUUGGUCACUUUAGUGUACGAUCAAUACAAAUUAGUAUGUGUACAAUCACUUACCCAGCGUUGAUAUUAGCCUACACCGGACAAGCUUCAUACCUCCGCAAGCACAACUUGGAUGUUCCCGAUACCUUCUUCAAGUCCAUUCCCGGACCAAUGUAUUGGCCAAUGUUUGUGGUGGCUGUAUUGGCUUCCAUUAUAGCCAGCCAGGCUAUGAUAUCAGGAACUUUUGCAAUAAUCCAACAAUCCCUUUCACUUGGAUGCUUUCCUAGAGUGAAAAUCAUUCACACCUCCAAGAAAUAUGCAGGACAAGUUUACAUCCCUGAGAUUAAUUACCUUUUGAUGGUUGCUUGUGUUGCCGUGACGAUUGGAUUCAAAACUACCCAGAAGAUCGGCAAUGCAUAUGGGAUUGCUGUGGUUUUUGUGAUGUCACUCACAUCUGCAUUUCUGGUGCUGAUCAUGAUCAUGAUUUGGAAAACCAACAUUUUCCUUGUGAUUUCAUACAUCCUCAUCAUUGGUUCUGUGGAGCUUCUCUACUUAAGCUCUGUGCUCUAUAAAUUUGAUCAGGGAGGUUACUUACCAUUAGCCUUUGCAAUGGUGUUGAUGCUCAUCAUGUUUGUGUGGAACAAUGUGUACCGGAAAAAGUACUAUUUCGAGUUGGACAACAAGGUUUCGCCGGAGAUGCUUCAGGGGAUCGUCGCCGAUACAAAGACGAGUCGCGUGCCGGGCCUCGCGGUCUUUUAUUCGGAGCUUGUUCACGGCAUUCCCCCCAUCUUCAAGCAUUACGUCGCGAAUGUUCCCGCGCUCCACUCGGUUUUAAUCUUCGUGUCGAUCAAAUCGCUGCCGAUCAGCAAAGUUCCGAUCGAGGAGAGGUUCCUGUUUCGGAGGGUGCGACCGAACGACCUCAAUGUGUAUAGAUGCGUGGUGAGAUACGGGUACACGGACGCACACAACGAGGAAGAGCCGUUCGAGCGAAUGCUGGUCGAAAGGCUGAAAGAUUUCGUGAGGGAGGACUUCAUGUCUCCUGUUUCGGCAGAAGAGAGUAAUGACGGAAACAAUGAACACGAAGAGGAUAUCGCGAAUCGAGCCGAGUUCGAGAAGCAGCGACAAGAGGUGGCGAUGGCGAGAGACAUUGAGUUGGUGGACAAGGCAUGGAGGGGAGGAGUGGUACAUCUAGUAGGAGAACAUGAAGUGAUUGCUGGAAAAGGAGCUAACAUUGGGAAGAAAAUAAUGAUUGAUUAUGCUUACAAUUUCUUGAAGAGGAAUUUAAGGCAGAGCAACAAGAUAUUUGAUAUCCCUCAUAAGCGAAUGCUCAAGGUAGGAAUGACCUAUGAGUUAUAAAUGUUGUAUACAUAAAGUAGGGUGAACCAGUAUUCUAGUCACAACGUUUGGCAAACCGUUAAGGUGUAAUGUAAUUAGCUAGCCAGCUAGUAAUUUCUAACAUGACCAAAGUGUUAUUACUUUGGUUUUGGCCUUUAAUCGUCCUUGUAAUAAUAAUAUCCUCUUUGUAUGAAAAGUUUUACUCCCUUCAUUCCAAGAAAUUGUUCAAUUUUCAUAUUGAUUUUAACAUAAUUAAUAAGAUAAUUAUUUU